AAAUAAUAAUAAAUAAUGGAUCGAAUUAAUGAAAUAGAAUUUAAACAACUUUGUCGUUUAUUACAAAUACAAACUGAUGUAACAAUAAAAGAUUUAAAAAAAGCAUAUUAUCGUUUAGCUAAAAAUUAUCAUCCAGAUAAAAAUCUUGGUAAUGAAUCAUCUACAACACAUUUUAUACUUGUUAAUCGAGCAUAUCAAACAUUAUGUAAUGAAUUACAUCAUAGAAAUAUAAAACGUUCAUUAGAAGUUUGUAAAAAUUCAAAAUGGAAAGAGAAAAAAUCGAGUAUUGUAGAACAAUUUUUAUCAGAUCUACAAAGACAAGAUAUUGAUUGGCCGAAAUCAAAUAAUUUAUACAAUGAAUAUGAUAAUACAUAUUCACCAAUUGACAAAUUAUUAAAUCAUUUAUUAGAAGCAACUGUAUUAAAAGGAACUAAUUCAAAAAAGGAACAAACAUCAGAACAAAAACAUAGAGUUAAUCCCAGUCAACCAAAAUAUACUACAUCCAACUUCCGUGUACACCAACAACACCAAAAAGAAUUCGAAAUACAAGUUCCAUCAACAAAUGAAAAAUCAAUAGUAUCUUAUUGCAAUGAUGUAAAUUAUUUGAAUUCCCAAAAUCAGUCAAAUUUACAACUCAACAAAUUAAGUGAAAACCGUAUUAUUCAAAGCAAAAAUACAGAUUUAAAUGAAUGGAUCAAUGAAGCACAACAUUUAUUAGAUAAUAUAAAAGCAUCCAGAAGAUUAAGCCGUUUAUCGUGUACACCAUGUCUAAAUAAUAGGCGAAAUUCAGAAAUGGAAUGUACUAAUUUAAUUCCAAUUAUUGAUAAUCCAGAUAUGAUGCGAUGUUUGAUUUGCUACAGAAAAUUUAAAAUUGAUGUAGCAACUAAGCAUGUAGAAACAUGUACACGUAAAGGUAAUGGAACUAAUUCAUUAGGUUCCACUACUGCUACCGGUUAUUCACCUAUUUCUUUUCGUGCUAGACAAUACUCUGAAGAUUUACAGAAAAGAACAUUACAUAAACCUACAAUGACGCCAAAUAAUCAGUCGAAAAACGAAGUACAAAGGAGAAAAAUGGAAACAGAAAUCCUAAAGAAGACUUGAAGAACAGAAUACUGCAACACAUCAACUUCGAAUUUAUUAUUCCAAUGAUUUUUCUACAUUAUCUUAUUCUUUUCAACGGCGGUGUGUCCAAC